AUGAUUCUAAUGCCAGUCAUAACCAGUGGUUGCAAACGUAUUGUCAAUUACAAAGACACGGAUCAGAUAAGCAAUCGGAUUGUGGGAGGAAGGGAUGCCUCCAUAGAACAGAUACCAUGGAUGGCAUCGCUUUAUGUCAAGAAUAUGGGACACUGCGGGGCGACAAUCAUCGAUGAGCGAUGGAUAUUAACGGCCGCUCAUUGUCUGCGCCCAAAUGUGAACAAAAACGAUAUAACAGUGAGAAUUGGUUCCAGCGAUAAGCUCAGGGGUGGCAGACUAUUGGGGGUAAAGGCGGUGUACAUUCACCCAGAGUUUAAUCACAUUGUCAUGCAGUCACUUCAGUCUAUAAGUAAUGACAUCGCGUUAAUUGAAUUGAAAACUAGUAUCAAAUACGACAUGUCAUCCGCUAAUCGAGUUUGUCUACCAAUUAAUGCUGGGCUGAUAGACAUGUAUGGGUUUAAGGCCCUGCUUAGCGGUUGGGGCCGUACGGACGGCAAUAGACCAACAAAUACCUUAAGGAAAGCAAUUUAUGAUACUAUUCCUAACCGUGAAUGUCAUCUUAAGACCGAGAAAAUUAUAUGCGUUAACGCCAUUCAUAACAUGGCGUGUAGUGGUGAUUCUGGCAGUCCACUCAUCAGAUACCAAGGAUGUAAUGCUGUGCUAAUGGGUGUCUAUUCAUCUUCACGUAACUUUACUGGCCAGGCAUGCGGUCCAAAGCACAUGGUGUUUGUUAGGGUAGCCAAUCAUAUGCCAUGGAUUGAGCGAUAUAUCGGUUAUAAACACCAGUCGAAAGAAAGCACCGGAAGUGUCGGCACAUCUAGUGUAAUGCCAGUCAUAACCAGUGGUUGCAAACGGAUUGUCAAUUACGAAGACACGGAUCAGACAAGCAAUCGGAUUGUGGGAGGAAUGGAUGCCUCCAUAGCAGAGAUACCAUGGAUGGCAUCGCUUACCAUCGAUAAAUAUAAGAAUGUGGGAUAUUGCGGGGCGACUAUCAUCGAUGAACGAUGGAUAUUAACGGCCGCUCAUUGUCUACAUCCUCGCCCGCAUUCACCCGACUAUAUAAGUAAUGACAUGGCGUUAAUUGAAUUGAAAACUAGUAUCAAAUUCGACAUGUCAUACGCUAAUCAAGUUUGUCUACCGACUAAUGUUGGGCUGAUAGACAUGUAUGGGUUUCAGGCCCUGCUUAGCGGUUGGGGCCGUACAGACGGUGAUAGGCCAACAAAUACCUUAAAGAAAACACUUUAUAAAACUAUUCCUAACCGUCAAUGCGAUCUCAAGACCGAGAAAAUUAUAUGCAUUAACGCCACUCAUAACAUGGCUUGUGAU